AUGGCCGAGCCGAGGUCGCUCCCCAGAAUUGCCAUGAUCCUAGCGACAUGUUACCUUCUCUUCCACCGGAGUUCAUCGGCACCAGCGCCCGCGAGCAACCUUUUCAUCCCGCAUGAACGGGACGCGCUUCUCGACUUCAAGGCCAGCCUCACCGACCCCGGCAACUUCCUCUCAUCGUGGCAAGGCGCAGACUGCUGCCAGUGGAAGGGCGUCGAAUGCAGCAAGGGAACCGACCACAUCGUCACGCUCCGAGUCAACACCCCGUGGCACAGUCCGGAGCUCAUAGGAGGUGAGAUUCGCCCAUCCUUGCUCACUUUACAGCAUCUCGACUCGUUGGACCUCUCGGAGAAUGACUUCGGUGGCAAACCCAUCCCGGAGUUCAUCGGCGGCCUAGGGAACCUGACGAACCUCAUCCUCUCUAACUCCAAUUUCGGCGGUCAGAUUCCUCCCCACAUUGGGAACCUCUCGAACCUAGUCAACCUCCAUAUCACCAAUAGUGCUGAUUUAACUGUGCCACAAACAUAUCAGCUCAUCUCGCCUGAUCUCGCAUGGGUAUCGCGCCUAUGGAAGCUCCAGAUACUCGACUUGGGUGGGGUGGACCUCAGCGCUGCCAUCGACUGGGCUCAUGCUCUCAGCAUGCUCCCCUCUCUAAAAAACCUUUAUUUAACCUUUUGUGGGCUACGGAACACGAGGCCUCCCCCAGCACAUUCCAACCUCACAUCACUGGAGUCCAUUGCCAUGAGUUGGAACCCUUUCAACCAUUCUAUUGGUGCCUUCAAUUUUGUUUGGAAUCUGCCUCUACCUAGCCUCCAAUUUCUUUCGAUGAUGCACUGCGGUUUCCAUGGUUCUACCCGGACGCAGUGGGGAACUUGA